AGGAAAUAACAGUAGAAUUUGCUUUUGCUCCUUCUCCUCACCUUAGCGGCAUCGUUGUUCCUUCUCAUCUCACUGCUUCACUUUCUCAUCCUUCGCAAAACCCUAAUCGAGAUCGAAUCGAACCUUAGAGAACACACCUCAUGGACGCCGAUUCUUCAUGGAGUGCUCGUCUCUCUUCUGCCUCUAGGCGCUACCAAUCCGCUCUUCAAUCUCGAUCAGAUAUGUUCAUGGGUUUUGAUGAAAAUGAUGGGGACGACGAUAUAAGGGAGGAGUUUCUAUGUCCGUUUUGUUCUGAGUAUUUUGAUAUUGUUGGAUUAUGCUGCCACAUUGAUGAAGAGCAUCCAAUGGAGGCAAGAAAUGGGGUAUGUCCAGUUUGUGCAUUGAGGGUGGGGGUUGAUAUGGUAGCACACAUAACCCUACAACAUGGGAGUAUAUUUAAGAUGCAGCGGAAAAGGAAAUCACGCAAAGGGGGCUCUUACUCAACACUGUCUUUACUGAGGAGGGAGCUCCGAGAAGGAAAUUUCCCAUCCCUAUUUGGCGGAUCUUCAUGUAUAGUGUCCUCAUCUAAUGCAGCACCUGAUCCGCUGACAUCAUUUAUAUUGCCCUUAGCUAAUGAACAUACCAAUUCCCAGCCUCACUUACAGACAGAGACAAGAUCAUCUAAGAAAUGCUCAGAUGACACUGCAUCAACAAGAAAUGUGGAGACGUCAACCUUGUCAGUUAAGGAUAAGGAGGAGAAGGCAAAGAGAUGCGAGUUUGUUCAAGGUCUGUUGCUGUCCACCAUUCUUGAUCACAAUUUAUGAAGGAAAAUCAUCGAGAUGGAUGCUUCAGUAGCGGGCUAAUUCACAGAUGCGAUACCUGCAACGUAUGGUUUGCCUAGUGAAAUUGUCUAUGUAUUUGAUCAGAGUGGAAUAAGGAGUAGAAAAUGAAUGUAAUUUAUGUUGUAUCUGAACUGAUGGUUUUAGUUCAAGAGUUUUAUCAUAUCCUUUAAUCCCAAAUCAUAAAAGCUUAAAUGAAAUAGAUCCUUUCCU